GGAAGAUACACAAAUAUGCAAAAAUGUUUGUUCUUUCGAACAAAUAGAGAUAAAACAGGAUAUAAAGAAUAUUGAGAUUAAGGAAGAACAGGAAUAUGAUAUGCAAACGAGUAAUAUAGACCAACUAUCCACUGACAUUAAAAUUGAGAGUUUUAAAAGCGAAACAGAAAACUCAGGCUUGUUCCACACGAAGACUGAAGUUAAAUGUUUGUUAGAUGAAACACAAAACAAGGAAUUGUUUGAAUGUUAUGAUAGAACAAUCAGAGAAAACCUUAGCUCUACAAAUUGUGCUUUCAAAACGCAUAUGCAAGUGCAUACCGAAGAAAAACCGUACAAAUGUGAAAUCUGUUCAAAAGGCCUCUCCAACAUUGGUAGUUUCAAGCGCCAUAUGCGAUUGCACACUGGGGAAAAACCAUAUAAAUGCGAAAUAUGUUCAAAAAACUUUACUGAUGUUAGUAAUUUCAAGCGUCAUAAACAACGGCAUACUGAAGACAAACCAUACAAAUGUGAAAUUUGUUCAAAAGGCUUAUCCAACAUUAGUAGUUUCAAGCGCCAUAUGCGAUGGCAUAUUGGGGAAAAACCAUACAAGUGCGAAAUAUGUUCAAAAAACUUUAUGGAUGUUAGUAAUUUUAAGCGCCAUAAACAAAUGCAUACUGGAGAGAAAGCAUAUACAUGCGAAAUUUGUUGGAAAAAGUUUACUCAAAAGAGCGCUUUAAAAAGUCAUAUGCGAUUGCAUACUGGAGAGAAAGCAUAUACAUGUGAAAUCUGUUCAAAACUCUUUAGGGAGAAUAGUAAUUUAAGGCGUCAUAUGCAACUGCAUACUACAGGAAAACCAUACAAAUGUGAAAUAUGUUCAAAAAACUUUGCUGACAGUAGUAGUUUCAAGCGUCAUAUGCGAUUGCAUACUGGGGAGAAACCCUACGAAUGUGAAAUAUGUUUAAAAAACUUUGCUGACAGUAGUGCUCUUAAGCGUCAUAUGCGAUUGCAUACUGGGGAGAAACCCUACGAAUGUGAAAUCUGUUCAAAAAGCUUUGCAGACCUUAGUAGUUUCAAGUGCCAUAUGCGACUGCAUACUGAAGAAAAACCAUAUAAGUGUGAAAUUUGUUCGUGCCAAUUUACCUAUAGUGCUGCUUUAAAAAGCCAUAUGCGACUACAUAAUGGGGACACACCUUACAAGUGUGAAAUUUGUUGGAAACUCUUUCGCGAGAAUAGAUCUCUAAAAAGUCAUAUGAGCCGAUAUCACACUUGAGAGAAACCCUAAAAAUGUGAAAUCUAUUAUCACUUCUAGAGGAGUAGUCACUUUCGGCUCCAUAUUCAAUUGCAUACUGAAGAGAAACGAACAUGAAAUUACAGUCCUCUCUCUCUAUAACGAUAUGCUAGGGCCGGGAAUUUUCAUCGUUAUAAGGAGAGAUCGUUAUACAGAAAGAGACAAAAUUCGGUACUCUAAUAUUAAUAAUACUGUAGUAAAUACCCUAUUUUAAUUAAAAAAAAUGUAAAACGAAUAUGAA